GAGUUUUGCUGCUGGGGGGCGGGGCGGCUAGCCGUGGCGAGGCUGAGGUUGGCCGGUUGUGCGCGCGGCGGGGGUCUGUGUGAGGAUCUUUCCAGCGGAGGAAAAUAAUAAUAAAAUCCCCGGAAUCACCGGGCGGAGAGCGCGCGAAGGGCCCCUCCCUCACUGGUCGCCGGGUGAGCGGGGUCUCCCCCUCCAUUUUGAAUCGGGGUCGUUGCUGCGUCUCUCCCCCCUCCGGCCGUGUAGGCCUCACCGGGCUGAGGAUCCCGCCAGCAGCGCGGCCUACAGGGGGUGAAGGAAGAGGCCGCCAGCCCCCCCCCCCUCACCCGUCAACCCCGGGCCGGAGAACGGAGGGACCUCCUCUGCCCAGACCCCUUCCAGGUAAGAAGUGGAUUGAAUUCCUUUUCCAAGCACAGCAAGCAUGUCCUCUAUCUUACCGUUCACUCCACCUGUCGUGAAGCGCCUUUUAGGAUGGAAAAAGUCCGCCAGUGGUACCAGUGGCGCAGGUGGUGGUGAGCAGAAUGGUCAGGAAGAAAAGUGGUGUGAAAAGGCAGUGAAAAGUUUGGUGAAAAAGUUGAAGAAAACAGGGCAAUUGGAUGAGCUUGAGAAAGCAAUCACUACGCAGAGCUGCAACACAAAAUGCGUAACAAUCCCAAGCACUUGCUCUGAAAUUUGGGGACUGAGUACAUCAAAUACCAUAGAUCAGUGGGAUACCACAGGCCUUUACAGCUUCUCUGAACAAACCAGGUCUCUUGAUGGGCGUCUCCAAGUAUCCCACCGUAAAGGGUUACCGCAUGUUAUUUACUGCCGACUAUGGCGCUGGCCGGAUCUUCACAGUCAUCAUGAACUGAAAGCAAUUGAAAAUUGUGAAUAUGCUUUUAACCUUAAAAAGGAUGAAGUAUGUGUCAACCCAUAUCACUAUCAGAGAGUGGAGACCCCGGUUUUACCUCCUGUAUUAGUGCCACGACAUACAGAGAUCUUAACAGAAUUACCACCACUUGAUGACUACACGCAUUCCAUUCCGGAAAACACUAACUUUCCUGCAGGGAUUGAACCGCAGAGCAAUUAUAUACCAGAAACUCCACCUCCUGGAUACAUUAGUGAAGAUGGAGAAACUAGUGACCAGCAAAUUAACCAAAGCAUGGACACAGGGUCACCAGCGGAACUUUCUCCUAGUACACUUUCUCCAGUCAAUCAUGGUCUCGAUUUGCAGCCUGUUACUUAUUCGGAGCCCGCAUUUUGGUGCUCAAUAGCAUAUUAUGAACUUAAUCAGCGAGUGGGAGAAACCUUCCAUGCGUCGCAGCCUUCACUAACUGUGGAUGGAUUCACAGAUCCUUCAAAUUCGGAGCGGUUCUGUUUAGGUCUACUCUCGAAUGUAAACCGUAAUGCCACAGUGGAAAUGACUAGGCGUCAUAUAGGAAGGGGAGUGCGACUGUAUUACAUUGGAGGAGAGGUUUUUGCAGAGUGCCUAAGUGAUAGUGCUAUAUUUGUUCAGAGUCCAAACUGUAACCAGCGGUAUGGUUGGCAUCCUGCCACAGUAUGCAAGAUUCCUCCAGGCUGCAACCUGAAGAUUUUUAACAACCAAGAGUUUGCCGCCCUACUUGCUCAGUCUGUGAACCAAGGAUUUGAAGCAGUUUAUCAGUUAACCCGAAUGUGCACCAUCAGGAUGAGCUUUGUAAAAGGCUGGGGUGCCGAAUACAGGCGGCAAACGGUUACAAGCACUCCUUGCUGGAUCGAACUUCACCUGAAUGGACCUCUGCAGUGGUUGGACAAAGUCUUGACUCAGAUGGGCUCUCCAUCAGUCCGCUGUUCAAGCAUGUCCUAAUGACCCCCUCCCUCUAUGUGUAACCUAUGGGUUCAAUCUGAAGUCCCAGCUACAGACUUAAUACAGCUUGUCUGUCAUAGUAAUUGUGUGUGGUCCCCAUGAACUGUUUACAAUCCAAAAGAAAGUGAAAAACAGCACUUGAGGUCCCAUCAACUAAAGCACCUUGUUGGAUUCUGUUUCUGAUACUCUAAUGAAAGUAGAUGAAAUCUUAGUGUAAAAAUAAAAUGACUCCUUACUGGGGAAGGGACAUUUUAAGGACGUGUAAUGGUGUAUUAUUGGGCAUAUAAUUGAGUGUCCAAAUGGUUUAACAAUAACAUGAGUACUCCUUAUGUAAGUGUCAUGUAUAGUGUUCUCCAGCUGUUCAUUGGUCAGGCAGCAUGUGGCCUUCUUGCUGUUGUUGAACCUUGAGUUCCAUGCUCCUUAGCUUAAUGAGACUUCUAGUAACUGCUUGAGGGCAACAAGUCUCCCAGCCCUCACCCAUUCCCUAAAUAGAAUAUUCCUGCUUCUUUAUCUUAGUUGCAAACCUCGAUUUAAGUUUUUUUUUUUUUCCAUUAUUGUUUCCCAUAGUAUAUUUGUAUUUCGCCCUCCUGUGACCUCUUGCUUUUUUAUUAAUGUGCCCUAAUGGUGCAAAUGCUUGCUAAGGUAAAACUGACUUUCCUUACACGUCUUUUCCUAGCAACCAGGGACCCUUAAUGCAUCCCAAUUAUCCAUUUUUGGACUGGAAUUAAUUUGCAUCAAAUAAUUAUUCUAUAGUGUCUUUUCAAAAGCAGGCCAUCUUGUCACACAGUGUGUAUGCCAAUUUGAAAGCACCCCAGCCCCUUUUCAUUGUUUUUAUACAAAUAAGGUUGAGUUUUGAGGUGGAAAUUGUUUUAAUUUUUUAAGUGCGUGUUAUUGUCAACACUUGGACACUACAUUUGCACCCUAUAAAAAUAUUUAGAAUCAUAUUCUACAGAUGUCCAUGUUUAGCGAGGGUGGGGGCAAAGGUUGUUUAGAAAGGGUACUCUGACUAAAACAAAUGUACAUCUUACUAACCAUUUUCUUCUUUAGCUGUCUGUCAUUCUUUUAUAAUUGUGGCAGUGGCAAGAUUGCCUUUUCUUCUUCGACUCUAUCCCCUUGGUUGUAUCUAUUACACUAGUUGUGUACUUUGUAAGUACAGCUAGUGAAACUUGUUGGCUUUGAGAACAAAAACAUGGCCAGUGUUAGGGCGUUUCAUCAUUUGGCAAAAAUUGUGAUGAUUUUUGUAUGCCAUAUAGUUUAGUGCAGGGGUAGCCAAUGGGUAGCUCUUCAGCUGUUGUAUUACUGCAAACUCUAGCAAUGGUCAUAGUGGAAAACGUACUUGUGUAUAAUCAGAGUUGUAGACUCACAGCAACUGGAAAGCUCCAUAAUGUCUCUCCCUGGUUUAGUGCAUAGAGGCAAUUCCAAAACUGUGUUGGGAAAGUAAAUCUGGUAGGCCAAACCAUGAAGAAAACAAAACAAACAACAACAAAAAAAAUAAAAUAAAAAUUGGCAAAGCAUUUAACAUUUGUGAACUAGUUUUACCAGUAGAUUGGUGUAUUGGUAGAACUUGUGAACUUAAGACCUAAGCUUUGUGCGUGUUGCAAUUGCCGAAUAUGUGAAUACACUAAUAAAAGAUUUAAUUCUCA